AUGUCUGAAAAUUGCGUCAAGCCAUCCAAAAGGCCAGGAUAUGGCACUCUAGGUCGCCCAAUCAACCUUUACGCAAAUUACUUUCAAUUGAACUUCCAGCCUUAUUCCCAAUUGCACCGAUAUGAAGUGCGCGUCUCACGAUCAGAGCCAGAUGCGGCCGUGAUUGUGAGCAGACAAGUAGUGACCCAGGUGAUUCUCCAGCUCCUCAAAACGGAGCUUGUGCAGUUCCAGGAAAGCAUUGCCUCCGAUGGCUACCAGAACCUCAUCUCAAGUCGCAUUUUACCCUGCUAUGACCGUCCUUAUACUGUGGUGUAUCAGCAUGAUUGCUAUCAUGUCACGCUACUUCCAGCCGGAAUUCUUCAGCUUCCCCAGAUCUAUCAAAUGCUUAAGGGUGAUACAAGGAACCAAGGGCCGCCGCUGACCGAGACACAUAUUCAUGCGUUGAAUAUCAUUUUGGGACACCAACCCAAGUUCUCCCCACACAUCAGAUCUGCCGGCACUGGGACUUAUCUCAACCUCGACUCGCGGAUCAGCCUGGGUUCAGGGCUACAUGUUCUCCGUGGACUAUUCAUGGUCGCUCGUGAAGCGCAGGGCCGGCUGUUCGUCAACGCAGCCCCAAAAGUUGCAAUCUGCUAUGAUGACUGCCCGCUCGACAAAGUCAUCCUGAUGCAUAUGCGCCAAAAUGGACCUGACAUGAAUAAAAUUGCUGCGCUACUUCGGAAUAUCCGCGUCCAGCUUACGCACCUCGGCAUGCGUAAACGUGCAGGAAAAUUCGCGCUGCGACUCAAGACAGUAGCGGGAUUGGCAGCACCAGGAGAUGGUUGUGGCCUGGCAUACGCCCCUAAGGUGCCAUGCCUCGGGGCAGGAGCUAAGGAAGUCCAGUUCUUCCGCGAACCACGCUCACAUGGCCACGAGGUAGGGGACGGAACUGUCUGGGGAAGUCGGAAAAGAAAGCGACCUACGCCUGAAGGGUAUAUCACUGUUUUCGAAUACUUUCGGUCAGUUUAUAACAUUACUGUUGACGAUCCAUGGCUUCCCGUUGUCAACGUUGGGAGUCCCUCGAAUCCUUCCUACUUGCCGGCUCAGGUCUGUCGGGUGCUUCCUGGUCAGUCCGCGGCUGCAUCUAGAGCCGCCUCUCAGUUUCGUCAAGGCGCUCGUAUUGACACAGCUCGUCGCGGUAUCAGAAACACUUCAGCUUCUCAGAUCACCUCCAUAGAGACAGAGCUCUCAAAUAUCUUGGGCAUGUCUCGCCCCAAUAGAGGAGCGAAUUUGACUUCAUUCGGGAUUACCGUUGCACCGAAUAUGGCGAGGGUGUCUGGUCGCGUUUUGGACUCCCCUGCUUUAGAAUAUUGUCAGGGACAGCGAGCUUCUGUGCGAGCCGGAAGCUGGAAUCUACGUGGGAUGAAAUUUGCCGGGAGCACGUCAGUCUCCCAGUGGACUUAUUUAUGGCUUGCGACUUCCGGUCGUUCUCAUGGUAUAGAUCCAGAGAAGGCUCUUUUAGAAGCCGCUUUACAGAAAUUCCGCUCUCAUCUGAAGUCACUUGGUAUCAGCGUUCCUGAACCUUAUCGGCCGGGGGUCAAUGUCAGUGUGACUGAUACUACUUUACGGCGGGAAAGUGAUGCUGAAAAGAUAGCCCAUGCUCUCGCUGCCAUAGGCGAGUCUUCGAUGUCAUUCCUACUCAUUAUCCUCCCACAAGCUGCGGAAGGUCUUUACAGCAGGAUCAAAUUUCUUUGCGAUGUCCAUUAUGGAAUUAGGAACGUGUGCGUGGUAGCGGACAAAUUCCUUCAAUCGAAUGAUCAGUUCCUGUCUAAUGUGGCUCUGAAGCUCAACUUAAAGCUUGGAGGGAUUAAUCAAAAGUUGCUUACUCGCAGCCUUGACAUCAUAAGCGACGGCAAAACCAUGGUGAUUGGGGUUGACGUAACGCACCCAACUUCAGGGAACCUUCCAGCACGGGCUCCCAGCGUGGCCGCCAUGGUAGCCUCUGUGGAUCGUUACUUGGCACAAUGGCCAGCGGAGAUAUGCACUCAACCCGCCCGUCAGGAGUUGGUCACGCAGCUUGGUGUGCUUCUAACCUCGAGGCUGCAUGCAUGGCAGAGGUGGAAUCAUGGCAAGCUCCCAGAAAGUAUUCUGCUCUACCGCGAUGGCGUUUCUGAUACACAAUACGGAAGUGUCCUCACCGUGGAGCUCCCUCAGCUACGCAAAGCAUGCAGAGACUUAUACAGUAGCCUGGGUCUUAAAGAGCCUCGAAUCACUAUCGUUAUUGUGGGGAAACGACACCACACACGAUUUUUCACGCCCACAAGGACAGGUCAGCGCAAUGGCCGGUCGUCUCAAGACACCAAUCCUCCCAAUGGCACCAUCGUUGAUCACGGCCCAGCUAGUAGCAGCAAGGUCUGGGACUUCUACUUACAGUCUCACACUGCCAGUCGAGGAAUUGCUCGCCCUGCACACUAUGUUGUGCUUCUUGAUGAAAUCUUUCAGUCCUCUCCCAGCGAUCCGCAGGCUAGAGCCUCACCUAAUCCGGUCAAUGCUAUUCAAGCCUUAACUCACAAUAUAUGCUACGUUUCUGGUCGCGCAACGAGGGCAGCCAGCAUCUGCCCACCGGUGUUCUACGCUGAUCUUGCGUGCUUCCGAGCGCGGUUCUAUGUGGACGAGCUGCUUCGUCGAUCCUCCCGGGACGCUAGGUACGAGUUAUCUCCGGAUCAGCUGCAACUAUCUUUGCAUGAGAAUGUGAGGGAUACCAUGUUCUACAUUUGA